AUGUCCACGAAUAUCCCAGCUAGUCUAAAGACGGCUGAUAUCAGCCGUUUUGUGACCCGGGCAGCGCAGCUUGAGAAAGCAAAGCCGACUAUCUCAUAUUGGUGUAAUUUCUGGGCUGUGACUCAGAUUUUGGACAAACAUCUUCAUCAAGCGGAUGAAGAAUGCUUGAAAUACACCACUGAGCUCAUGGAUAAGCUCGAGAAGUUUAAAAAGGAGCACUCUAAUGACGAUACGAUAACAGACGACACUGCUGGUCAGGCAUACGUGGAGCAAUUCGCUCUUGAGACAUUCCAAAGGGCGGAAAAUGCAGUUCGGGCGAAUAAAGCAUCUUUGCAGACUGCCGAUACUUUCCAAGCUGCGGCCACUUUCCUGGAGCUAGGCCAAGCAUGGGGCCAGCCUGACGCGGAGACAGCUUCCAAAAUUAAAUAUUCUAAAUAUCAUGCGGUCCGAAUUAUGAAGGCUUUAAAAGCUGGAGAGGAUCCGAAUACGUCCAAUCCUAAAAAUACUGAAACCUCACCGGAAACCUCAAGUCAGGCUGAAGGAACAGUUGCUGCCGGUGACACACAGGUACCUCCAGAAGUCCCUAGAAAAGCACGACAGCCUUCUGUCGAGGAUAUUCCAGACGAUUUCGACAAGGUCCAAAGUAAAUUGGCAGCGCAAUCAUCUCUGAACGAAUCGCUUCAUCCUUCACGUUCAUCUUCCGCAGCGCCUCCACCACGGCCUACAAGUGCUCUUAAUAUCCCAAAUGCACCUACAAGUGCGCCAGGCAGUGGAAUUCCCAGUCCUCCAAUAAGUAUACCCCCAGGGAUGGUAGAUUUUGAUGACAGUUUACGGCAGAUACCCUCACAACUCUCCAGAGCUACCGUUCCUGACCUGCCUGCGGCGCCCUCUGAUUUCCCAUCGCCUGCGUCAAGCAAUACUGACUUACCUUCUCAACUCGGACAAAAAUCUGACUUUUCUUCACUUAACGUUUUCCAGUCCUUCCCUCCGCCUGCCACGGAACCUGAAUUCCCACCUACGGAGUCCCACGCUCUUGGCCCUCCCCCGCGCACAUCUCCUGGAAUGGAUGUUGAUAGAACAUCCCACCCACAGCCUCCAAUGGUACCACCAUUAACCCAAAUCCCUAAAGACACGCUACCCGUAUCUUCAUCAACGCAUGGAGCUAGUAGCUCUAGCCAGGCUGUUGAUGAGGAAGCAAUUUCAAAUGCCCAAAAGCAUGCGCGUUGGGCAGUGUCUGCGCUCAAUUUUGAUGAUGUCAACACUGCAAUCAAAGAGCUGCAAAAGGCUUUAAAUUUUUUGAACCCCCGCUAA